ACACUCUCUUUCUCUCUCACACACACACACACACACACACAGAUCCACGCGGAGCACCGGCCCAGGUACCGCCAUGGACCAGGAGGGGAACGUGAAGAGGACGGCUAGAAACAGAGCGUGGUUACCGUAGUAACCGUUUCUCUUCUCUCCACCUCUGUGCCUGGUGAUGCUCGUGGCUCUCUUGCUCCUGGAUUCUACACUGACAGAGGUUGACACAGAAACAGGAGGAGACGUUUUCUCAUCUUUUCUCCUGCCUACCCUUAUCCUCCGACACUCUCCUUGUCAGCAGGACAGAACUCUUUUUCCCUUUCCUUAUCUUUUUCUCUGAGAUCGUUGGCUUCCACUUCCCUGGGAUUUCUACCGUUUUUUUGUAUUCCGCCAUGGCUCACGCAGCCUCCGCAUUGAAGAAGAACCGGGACGUGGAUGUCAAUGCUAUCGAGGAUGAGAAAGAAAAGAAAAGGAGAAUUAAGAAACUAGCGUCCCGGGAACAAAAGAGAAAGUCGGACAGCAAUGCCAGUUACCUGCGAGCAGCGCGGGCUGGGAACCUGGAGAAGGCCCUGGACUACCUCAAGUCUGGGGUAGAAAUCAACAUCUGCAACCAGAAUGGGUUGAAUGCUCUUCAUCUGGCCUCUAAGGAGGGUCAUGUAGAGGUGGUGGCUGAGCUGCUGAAGCUAGAAGCCAAUGUGGAUGCGGCGACCAAGAAAGGAAACACCGCUCUUCACAUAGCCUCCCUGGCCGGCCAAACGGAAGUGGUGAAAGAGCUAGUGACCAAUGGAGCCAAUGUCAACGCACAGUCUCAGAAUGGCUUCACCCCGCUCUACAUGGCAGCCCAGGAGAACCAUAUUGAGGUGGUUCGCUUCCUCCUGGAACACAACUCCAGCCAGAGUAUGGCCACCGAGGACGGGUUCACCCCUCUGGCGGUGGCGCUGCAGCAGGGGCAUGACCAAGUUGUGUCUCUGCUCCUGGAGAAUGACACCAAGGGCAAGGUGCGUCUGCCCGCCCUGCACAUCGCCGCCCGCAAGGACGACACCAAGGCAGCAGCAUUACUGCUCCAGAAUGACCGCAACGCAGAUGUGGAGUCCAAGAGUGGCUUCACUCCUCUCCAUAUCGCUGCUCACUAUGGCAACAUCAACGUGGCCACGCUUCUGCUGAAUCGAGGGGGAGCUGUGGACUUCAUGGCCAGGAAUGACAUCACACCUCUCCAUGUGGCAUCUAAAAGAGGAAAUAGUAACAUGGUCAAACUGUUGUUGGACAGAGGAUCCAAAAUAGAUGCCAAGACCAAGGACGGACUGACACCUCUUCACUGUGGAGCAAGGAGCGGUCAUGAACAAGUGGUUGAGAUCCUGCUGGACCGCGGAGCCCCCAUUCUGUCCAAGACAAAGAACGGGCUGUCCCCCCUGCACAUGGCCACUCAGGGCGACCACAUCAACUGUGUCCAGCUCCUCCUUCAGAACGAUGUCCCCGUUGAUGAUGUCACCAACGACUACCUGACAGCGUUACACGUGGCCGCCCACUGUGGACACUACAAAGUGGCCAAGCUCAUAGUGGACAAAAAGGCCAACCCUAACGCUAAAGCACUGAACGGCUUCACCCCGCUUCACAUCGCCUGCAAGAAGAACAGAAUCAAAGUGAUGGAACUGCUGCUGAAACACGGAGCAUCGAUCCAGGCUGUGACAGAGUCUGGACUCACUCCUAUUCACGUGGCAGCUUUCAUGGGACAUGAGAACAUUGUCAACUCACUGACGCAUCACGGCGCUUCGCCCAACACCACCAACGUGAGGGGCGAGACAGCGCUGCACAUGGCAGCCCGGGCGGGUCAGGCGGACGUGGUGCGAUACCUGCUGCAGAAUGGAGCUAAGGUGGAGACUAAGGCCAAGGACGACCAGACGGCGCUGCACAUCUCCAGCCGGCUGGGGAAGGCCGACAUCGUCCAGCAGCUGCUGCAGAGGGGGGCUUCUGCUAACGCUGCCACCACGUCAGGCUACACACCCCUCCACCUGGCUGCCCGCGAAGGGCACGAGGACGUAGCCGCCAUGCUGCUGGACCAGGGUGCAUCGCUGUCAGCCUCCACUAAGGUCAGUGUUCAGUCUCUUCACGUGGCAGCCAAGUAUGGGAAGAUGGAAGUGGCCAGCCUGCUUCUUCAGAAGAAGAGCAGUUCUCCGGAUGCAGCUGGAAAAGGUGGGAUUGGGCUAACUCCACUGCAUGUAGCUGCUCACUACGAUAAUCAGAGAGUGGCUCUACUGCUUCUGGAUCAGGGAGCAUCGCCCCACGCCGCCGCCAAGAAUGGCUACACACCCCUCCACAUAGCUGCCAAGAAGAACCAGAUGGACAUCGGGACCACCCUACUGGAGUACGGGGCGGACACCAACGCUGUGACCCGCCAGGGCAUCAGCCCUGUUCACCUGGCUGCACAGGAGGGCAGUGUGGACCUGGUCUCUCUGCUGCUCACCAAGAACGCCAGCGUCAACAUGGGCAACAAGAGCGGUCUCACACCUCUCCACUUAGCGGCGCAGGAGGACAAAGUCAACGUGGCGGAAGUCCUGCUCAACCAGGGGGCGGACGUCGACCCCUCGACAAAGAUGGGAUACACUCCGCUGCAUGUGGCUUGUCACUAUGGCAACGUCAAGAUGGCAGACUUCCUCAUACAGAACCAGGCCAGAGUUGAUGACAAAACAAAGAACGGCUACACGCCCCUCCACCAGGCGGCGCAGCAGGGCCACACCCACAUCAUCAACCUGCUGCUGCAGCACGGAGCCUCUGCCAAUCAGCUGACCGUGAACGGGAGCACAGCCUUGUCCAUCGCCUGUCGUCUUGGUUACAUCUCAGUGGUGGACACUCUCAGGCCAGUGACUGAUGAGAAUCUGACCUCUGUGACUGCGACAGAAAAACACAAAAUGAACAUCCCCGAGACCAUGAACGAGUUUCUGGACAUGUCUGACGAUGAAGCUAAGGCUAAUGCGCCGGAAAUUCUCAAUGACGACUGUAUUUCAGAUGUUGACGAAGGUGAGGAUGCAAUGACCGGCGACACUGACAAAUAUCUGCGGCCCCAGGACCUCAAGGAGCUGGGGGACGACUCUCUUCCACAGGAGGGCUACAUGGGGUUCAGCAUAGGAGUCCGCUCAGCGAGCCUCCGCUCCUUCAGUUCGGAUAGGUCUAACACCCUCAACCGCAGCUCCUACGCGCGAGACAGCAUGAUGAUAGAGGAGAUCCUCGCCCCGACCAAGGACACGCACCUGGCUGUAACUCGGGACUACGAUGCAGAGUGUCUGAGGCGCUACAGCUGGACCCCAGACACAAUAGAUCACAGUAACACUGUGUCCAGCCCCAUUCACUCAGGAUUCCUGGUCAGCUUCAUGGUGGAUGCCCGUGGGGGUUCCAUGAGAGGAAGUCGAAGCAACGGCAUGCGUAUCAUCAUCCCGCCCCGGAAGUGCACGGCUCCCACCCGCAUCACCUGCCGCCUGGCCAAGAGGCACAAACUGGCCUACCCCCCACCCAUGGUGGAGGGAGAGGGCCUGGUCAGCCGGCUGGUGGAGGUCGGCCCCGCAGGAGCCCAGUUUCUGGGACCUGUGAUCGUGGAGAUUCCUCAUUUCGGCUCCAUGAGGGGAAAGGAGAGGGAGCUGAUCGUGCUGAGGAGCGACAACGGUGACACAUGGAAGGAACACCAGUACGACUGCCAUCCAAGUGACAUCACAGACAUUCUCAACGGGAUGGACGAAGAACUGGACAGRAAUGCUGAGCUGGAGAAGAAGCGUAUCUGUCGGAUCAUCACCAGGGACUUCCCCCAGUACUUUGCGGUGGUGUCCAGGAUCAAGCAGGAGAGUAACCACAUGGGUCCAGAGGGUGGGACUCUGACCAGCCUGACCGUGCCCAUGGUCCAGGCCUCCUUCCCACAGGGGGCGCUCACCAAAAAGAUACGCGUUGGCCUGCAGGCUCAGCCCGUCCCAGAUGACAUGGUGAGGAAUCUCCUCGGCAACAGGGCCACCUUCAGCCCUAUCGUUACCGUGGAGCCCAGGAGGAGGAAGUUCCACAAGCCCAUUACCAUGACGAUCCCUGUACCGCCCCGAUCGGCAGAGGGCCACCCCAGUGGACCCAGGGGAGACUCCACCCCCUGCCUGCGCCUCCUCUGCAGCAUCACAGGUGGAACAUCUCCUGCCCAGUGGGAGGACAUAACAGGGACCACUCCGCUGUCCUUCGUCACAGACUGUGUUUCCUUCACCACAAACGUGUCGGCCAGGUUCUGGCUUGCAGACUGUCACCAGAUUCCUGAGACGGUCGGUCUGGCCUCUCAGCUAUACCGGGAGCUGAUCUGUGUGCCGUAUCUGGCCAAGUUUGUGGUGUUUGCCAAGAUGAACGAUCCUGUGGAGUCACGCCUCCGCUGCUUCUGCAUGACAGACGAUAAGGUGGACAAGACUCUGGAACAACAGGAGAACUUUGAAGAGGUGGCCAGGAGCAAAGACAUUGAGGUCUUGGAGGGCAAGCCUAUCCAUGUGGAUUGCUAUGGCAACUUAUCUCCUCUUAUCAAGAGUGGGCAGCAGCUGAUCUUCAACUUCUUCUCUUUCAAAGAGAAUCGGCUUCCUUUCAAUGUGAAGGUCAGAGACAUGGGCCAAGAACCAUGUGGUCGACUCUCAUUUUUGAAAGAGCCGAAAACCACUAAAGGUCUUCKACAGACUGCCAUAUGCAAUUUGAAUAUCACACUGCCAACUCAUAAGAAGACUGAAAAACCAGACCGACGUCAUACCUUUGCCUCCUUAGCUUUGCGUAAGCGCUACAGCUAUCUGACCGACCCUGCAGCGAGUCCUCAGAGUCCCUGUGAGCGAACAGACCUGCGGAUGGCCAUCGUGGCUGACCACCUGGGACUUAGCUGGACUGAGCUAGCUCGGGAAAUGGACUUUUCUGUCGACGAGAUCAACCACAUCCGAGUGGAGAACCCCAACUCCCUGACGGCGCAGAGCUUCAUGCUACUAAAGAAAUGGGUCAGCCGGGACGGUAAAAACGCAACGACGGAUGCCUUAACUGGAGUGCUGACCAAAGUCAAUCGGAUGGAUAUUGUGACUUUACUGGAGGGGCCGAUAUUUGACUAUGGUAACAUUUCAGGCACGAGAAGUUUUGCCGAUGAUAACGCUGUUUACCUGGAUCAGGCUGAUGAUUAUCACAGCAUCCUAGCGGAGCUGCAGUCCCCAGUCCAACUGCACUCUGACCCUCCCUUCACGGAGCUCCACUCUGAACCCCCUACCCUCACCAUCGACCCCACCCCUGUCCAGCUCCACCCACACCCCCCUACCCUCAUCCUCACCCAGUCUGAGCCCUGGACUGGCCACAUGGAGCCUAGUGUGGACCUUGACACCUCCACUAGAACCACCCUUAGGCCCUGGGAGCUGUCCCUGUCCAUUCACACCCUUCACUUAGAUCCCACCGCUGCCACCAACACAGGAAUGGCUGAAGGUGACCAGGUGCUGAUGGUACAAGUGGAAGAAGAGAAAAAAGAAGUGGACAUAAGCCUCCAACAGCAGGAGGACAGSAGACAGACAGGGGCAUCAGUGGUGGUGGCUGAGGGGGAGGCUGAGGAGGUUGUAAAGGGAGGUAGUGAAGAAGGGGUAGAGAUGGGUGAAAUGGCAGAAGAGGGGGAUAAAGUGGUAGAAGCAAAGAUCGGGGCUAAGGUGGUGGAGGGGGGUAAGGUAGCGGAAGAGGGGGCUAUGGUGAGGGUGGAGGGGGCUAAGGUGGGGAUGGAGGGGGGUAAGGCAGUAGAGAAUGGGGCUGAAGUGGUGGAAGAGGGGGGUGCAUAUCUCUCCCCCCAGGCCUGGGCUGAGGCGUUGGGGGAGCAGGGUGUGUCUGGUUCCACCGAGGAAGAGGAUGAAGACGAGAAGACAGAAGAUAAGUUAAAGUCGCUAUUGGAGGAUAUUCAUUUGGAGGAAGGCUCAGAGGAGGAGGACGAGGAAAUGACGGAGGCCAGGGUUCAGGAGAUUCUUAGUCAGGUGCAACAGGCAGAAAAAGACGUGUGUUCACUUCCAGGUUGGCAUAGUGACACAUCCAGCGUCAACGUGGAGCCGCCCACACCCGGCCGCAGUGUGAGCUCAGACCUGCUAGACCGCCAGGAAAAUAGCCAGGAGAAGUCCAGUGACUCCAUCACCUCUUCCUCUAGAGGGGAGCUAGCGAGGUCUAGGCACAAUGGCGAAAACACGGAGCUACCACCUCAGGACGGGUCACUUCCUGUAUCGCAGGACUCAGCCAAUGGAAGAACUGGAUGUGGGAAGGAAGAAGGCACGCUUGUAUCUGAGAGGAAAGUCCAGCAGCGUUUUAGUGAGUCCGGCUCUGACGAGGAACGGACUGUCACCACCAGGGUGUUUCGGCGCCGGGUCAUUCUUAAGGGAGAACAGGCAAAGAAUAUUCCGGGCGAAUCAGUGACAGAAGAACAGUUUACUGAUGAAGACGGUAACAUCAUCACUAGAAAAGUCAUCAGAAAGGUCAUCCGUCGGGUGUCCACGCCCACGCCUGACGACCAGGGCGGGGACAGGGGGAGUUGGGACCGAGGAGACCCCUGGCCCUGCCCUUUCUUACUGGAGGAGGAGUUAGAGCAAGGAGAUGGAGCUAAAAGCAGGAAGGAGGAGAGGAGGUUGGGAGAAAAGAAGCUUCAAUCGUAGGGGUAGCUGUGCUCCACCAGGUGUGCAGGAAUUCUUCUCAUCUGUUUCCAGGGCAGAAAGUUACAAACUGAAAAACUCAAGAAAUUUCAGCCAGGACUUGAUCCGUCUGAUUUCAAUAUGAGCAUGAAAAACUCACUCCCUGUCAAUUGAGGGACCUGGAAGGUUCUCACCAUGGAAUCUGAAUUCUAAUUGUAUGGCUCUCACAUCCUGUGGUCUAUGGACCAGGAGAAUUCUGCUUCCUGUUUGUGACUCGUAACGUGCCAUUGGUGUCGUGAGAGCUUUUGAGGAGCAUUGUGGUGACAACAAAAAGGACUCCAUCACAGAAAAACUACAGGUGCAACUGAACAUACACRUGUGACCAAAGAUGGCSCAAAAGCUCAAUUCUAGUAGUAGGAGAAAGAAAAUCAACAAAAUUACACAAAAACUAGAGGAACACUUCUGAUCCACCUCCAACACUCGCCUUAUAGUUUUUUCUUGGACCCAUAAAUGUCAGGUUGUAAAUUGCUGUGGGGUUUGUUUUCCUUUUUAAAACUAAAAAUAAUACACAGCUUUUUCAUGUAUAUAAAUUACAAUGUGUACAAUAAAAAAAAAUGAUGAGUUACAGGAUGAUAAUGCACAGGAGAGAACUUUACAAGUGCUUUCAACAUUAUUAUCAAAAUGGUUCCACUUUUAAGGAAGAUUUGAGUGUAACUUCACACGUUCUUGUAUAAUUCAUUAUUAUAGCAGGUAUAAUGUUUGUAUAUGAAAAAAGCUGGUUAGAUUUUAACAGAGGACAUUUCCAGAAAAUCUUCUGCGAAUUUAAGUGAUUCCUAAAAAGGGGAUGUAUCUAAUUCUGCAAAAGCAGAGUACUCAUAUUUUCAUGCAUGCCGUUCACAUUAUUUUAAGUACAAUUUUUACAAGUUUGCAAACACUGUAUUAAAAUGAGAAUUAAAACCCUUUAUCUGUGUACACAUAUAGUCCUUACAUUUGUCACCAGUUUUAUAUUUGAAAUGAAAAAAAUACCAUAAAAGCAUUUAUUGUGUCGGGGACUAGGAACAGUAUGAAGAAAAUUUGUUCUAUAGCUUCUUGAGGGUUUAAUGUAGUCUACCGUUUGUCUAUGUAAAACUGAACGGCAGCUUCUGCUGGCAUUAGCAUAAAUGCUAUGAGAAAGAAGUUAUCUGAAUGUAUAUGCUAGUAGACUGGCUCGCCGUAAAACUAUAACUGUAUUGUGUGUAUUGGCUAUAAGGUGUAGAGUUCUCUGUACGCUGUAAGACUGUUUGUAAUCAUUUUAGCAGUGUGUCAUUUGGUUUUAUGAAGGCUGCUGUGGUUUUAAAGAAAAGGUGUAAUUUCCUUUUGGGCUUUGGUGAAGUACUUCCUUAAAUUUAAUCUACUCACAUAAAGACAUAAGACAUUAUUUGAUUGUAGCUCUUAAUAGAAUAUGUAUGACAAAAACACUGGAUGGUCAAACGAUUAUUUAAGCAUCAAAUGAAUUGUGUGAUCUUUCUUGGCUUGAGAAUCUGUAUGCAGUGUCUAACUAGCAUUCAUUUGAUAGCUCAUUGGCGAUUACUUUGCAUUAGAUCUUCUCUUUGUAUUGGUUUGACUAGAGGCCCAUGUAGUUCAAGUGUGGUGUUAUUCUGGUGUGAAGGCUCAGACUUAGUGUGAUGAUGUUUAUGCUGUGGACAUGACAACCAUGUAAAGGACUUUUUCUUUUUGACAAGUGAAGUCAUUUAGGGUAUUGUAUCAUAUCUCCCAUCCUACAUGUCAAUCAGGGGGUAGAGGCUAAUUUGAUCAAUUUUGUUUGAUAUGUGUUUCCACUUGAGCUAAUUUUUUGAUGUACAAUUCUUACUAACAGAGUGAAGCCAUUGAAAUGUAACUAUUCUAGCACUUUGGUUAUUCAAAGUCUUCUUUUAGAGGCUAUAGCAGUAAUGACGCCACCACAAUGUUUCAAUUUAAAAACAAAAUAACAAAAUAAAAAUGCAUUGAUUUUGCAA